UAAGGUCAAGGCCGUGACUCACGCUUACGUCCUUUCGCGCCCGUUCAAGGCUACGGUAAACAGUAAAAAGCAGUCCGCAACAGAGGAAAAAAUCAAGAUGGCUAAUCCAAAGUGUUUCUUUGAUGUAUCAAUUGGUGGAAAGCCAGCUGGUAGGAUUGUCAUGGAGUUGAGGGCAGAUGUUGUGCCUAAAACAGCUGAAAACUUCCGUGCAUUGUGUACAGGCGAGAAAGGAUUUGGCUUCAAAGGCAGCAGUUUCCAUCGUGUGAUUCCGGGCUUCAUGUGCCAGGGUGGUGACUUUACUAAUCAUAAUGGUACUGGUGGCAAGAGCAUCUAUGGAAAUAAAUUUGAGGAUGAAAACUUCAAUUUAAAACACACUGGAGCAGGUAUUCUGUCAAUGGCCAACGCUGGUCCAAACACAAAUGGAUCUCAGUUUUUCCUGUGUACAGCCGAAACAUCAUGGCUAGAUGGCAAGCAUGUUGUGUUUGGAAAAGUGACUGCCGGAAUGGAUGUAGUGACGAAGAUUGAAGCAGUGGGAAGUAAACAAGGGGCAACUAGAGAGAAAGUUCUAAUCUCUGACUGUGGAACACUGUAGAAGUUGUUACUGUAUCCAUCCUACAGUUAUUUACAAAGAGAUUAACUAUUUUGAUAAUUUUGACUGAACAAUAUUAAUAAGAUUGACCAAGUUCUAUAUCAUAUCAUGCUACUGGAAAAACUGAUAACAUUUUGCAGACUUUAUUACUGUCUAUUCUAAUAUACUGGCAUAUUCUGUUGAUUUAUUCACUGAAAUAGCAAAUAUCAAUAUUGUGUUGUAUAGAUAAAAAAUAUUUAUAUUUCAUGUAUUCUGUUAAAACUUUAGUGUUUACAAAAUUUGUUUAAUCCAGACAAUAAUUCUUAACAUGAUACUUUUUUUUUAGCUUGGCCAAAAUUUUUCCAGUAGAGCUAUUGUUGUCACCCUUUCAUCAGGUUCAGCAUUUGCAUCACAGAAGUUUUGCAUGUAAGCCAAUUUCGCAAAAACUACUACAAGGCCAAAUGCUUUCAAUUUUCACAUGGUAUUAACAUCAUGAGAUGACCUCACAGGACAAGUAACAUAACUCUAGCUUUUAUUUUUUCAGACCUAUGCCCCUUUAAAUGUAGAUAUAUAUGACAGUUUUGCAUAUAAGCACAUUUCGCUAAAUUACAGAUUUUUCACACUGGGUAAGCUCACAUGACAAGUUUCAGUGUUGGUUAGUUUUUUAAAAACUGAAACAAAAGUGCGACAUUCACUUUUUCUUGCUUUAAUUGUCCCCAACCCUGGGUUGUUUUUUUUUGUAUGCUUUUUCAAAAUUUUGCUUAAGCUUUUGGGUGUUGGGUAGGACUUCAAAUAGUCGAGUGUUCUGUUAUUAGACAGCUGCAGCUGUUUUUAACCAGGUUUGAGUUAUUAGAUUGGGGUAUGUCGUUGGUCGGGCGGAUGGGCGGCGGCGUCAAACUGGUGUUUCCGGUCAAUAACUUCUGUUUCGGUAAAGAUAUUUGAAUAAAACUUGGUAUGUAUGUACCUUAUAUCAAGACAAAGGCUGGGAUUGAUUUUGGGGUUUCUGGCAUGGUUCGCACAGGCCAUGAAACGUCCUUGAAUUUGAUGCCUACUCCUUGAAGACUACUUGAAUUUUGUAACAGUCAGAAACUACUUGAAAACUACUUGAAUUUAGGAAAAAACGUACAAAAGAUGGCAAAUAGUCCUUAAAUUCGUCUGGUGCGAAGUGAAAACGGACAAACAUUAUAAACGGACCAAAAUAAACUAAAAAACGACGAAAAAACAACAACCAUUACCGCCAUUAGGGCCUGCCACGGAGUCGGCGAUAGUACGGUACGGUACUGUACUUUACGGGUUUUAUGCUCUUUUAAGUAAUUUUCGCACUGUGUAAUUUAUCCGCGAUGCAUAAGGUCAUUUUUCCAGGAAGAAAAACAUGAGUUCUAAAAUGUACAAUUGUGUCUUUCGCAAAAGUGGCUUACUGAUGACAAUUAUAAACAUUGGCUACGGGAAUUCAAAGGCGAAAAACGAAAAUGCCUUUGUGUUUUUUGUGACAAGAUAAUCGACAUCGCUGCUAUGGGAGGAAGUGCAUUAAAAUCACAUUCCAAAAGCGAAAAAAAUAAAAACAGCUCUGCCAUGAGAAGUUCGACUGAAACAAUUGAUGCUUUUUUCGCUCCUAAGCAUGUAAGAGAGUCAACACAGGAUAGAAAUAAUAACAACUUGACAAUACCGCCCCCGCCCCCACCUACUGUGAAAAUACAUAAAUCUUGUGUUACAUUGUUUAAUUUUGUCCUAAAUUGGAUUUAAAUUGGUUGUUUCAUGUCUCAGCAACAGUGACGUUGCGCCCAUCUUAGUCCUUGAAAAUGGAGGAAAACUACUUGAAAACUCCAUGAAAACUACUUGAAUUUUUUUUUGGGAAGGUCUUUAUGAACCAUGUCUGGGAUCAAGGUCAAGGUCACUGUUACUUAAAAUAGAAAAAGGGUUUCUGGUCAGUAACUUAACUUAGGAAUGAGCUAUCAUGAUGAAACUUGGUGUAUAGAAAACUUAUAUAAAGUUGUAGCUUGGGAUUGAUUUUGGGGUUUCUGGGAUCAAGGUCAAGGUCAUUGUUACUAAAAAUAGGGUUAGGGUUUAGGGUUAGGGUUGUUCUUUAGGGUUAGGGUUAGGGUUGUGCUUUAAAGUGGUGCACUGUGAUUCAGUGUACUUUUUUAUUCUUAUGAAAAGUGUUGAAAACCUGGUUUCGUGGCAUUGCCGCGUUUCUUGUUCUUUUUAAUUUAAGUUAUCUGGUAUACACUAAUAUAUGUGUUCUUUAUAUAUAUUUAGAAAUUUUGCUUUAAAAAAUGUACCCUUACUGAAAAUAAAGUCUGAGUAAUGU